CCAGAGAGCAAUCUGUCUUGUAGAUCCUAUGAGGUUAGUAAAAUUAGAAACGGCACGGGAGCGACUUUCACACUAUUUUCCCUUUUAUUAACUUCUUUAUUUAAUUCAACUCUGACAUUUUCUCUUCAACGCUCCUCCUGUUCACGUAGUGUUUUUGUUUUCAAAUUCUGUCUCGUUUCUGUCAAAGAUUCAAAAUUUCGCCUUAAAUUAAUUACUGAGAAUGACAUAAAAAAUCGAUUCCCAAUACUCUGAAGUCUCAACCCAUCAGCGCAUUAUUCACAGCCAAUUUCAAAACCAGUAAUUAAUGGAGAUUAUUACCAUAUCAGUUCUUUAAUACUAUAUAAGAUGGAGAUUCUGUGUAGUCUGGAGAUCUAUAUCUUAGUUGGAACUUUGGAACUCGACCUGCGUUACGGACCAGAGAAGAAGAAGAAGAAGAAGUGGUGAUGGAAACCAGUCGCAAUCUUUCAAUAGACCCAAAGAGCGGAUUCUGCUCUAACACAAAGAUCUACCAUAGCCUCAGAACCCCCGUGCCACUUCCACCGGAGACCCUCCCCCUUUCCGCUGCUGCUCAAGCCUUAUCUCUACUUCGCAACACCAAAUUGUCGCCGGAAAACACCACUCUACUCAUCGAUGCCGCCACUGGUUACCGUCUCUCCCAUUCCCAAUUUCUUCGCCGGGUUAAAGCGCUUUCUGCUAAUCUGCAAACUAAAAUUGGUCUCUCCAGAGGCGACACGGCUUUCAUACUAUCCCCAACCUCUCUUCAAAUCCCAAUCCUCUACUUCUCUCUCCUCUCCCUCGGCGUCGUCCUCUCUCCCGCCAACCCGACCAGUACAAAGUCCGAGAUUUCAAACCAAAUCGAUAUUAGCAAACCAGUGGUUGCCUUCGCCACGUCAGCCACCGCCGGUAAGCUACCUUCUUUCCGGCGUGGCACGGUUCUCUUGGACUCGCCUGAUUUCGAAUCCAUGAUGACGACGACGACGAUGUCUGGGUCAGAAUUGGAACCGGUGGAGGUGAAACAGUUAGAUCCGGCAGCGAUUUUGUACUCGUCGGGGACGACCGGACGAGUCAAGGGUGUGGUGUUGAGUCACCGGAACCUCAUUGCGUUGAUCGCUGGGUACAACACCUUGCGGACGGAGAAGGUCGAAGAGAAUCCGUCACCGGCAGUGGUACUGAUUACGGUGCCAUUGUUCCAUAUAUUCGGGCUAUUUAUGUGUGUGAGGGCGGUGGCUUUGGCGGAGACGAUGGUGUUGAUGGAGAGGUUUGACUUCGAAGGGAUGCUGAAAGCGAUAGAGGCUUAUAAGGUUGGUUCCAUGCCGGUGUCGCCGCCACUUGUGGUCGCGAUGGCGAAGUCAGAGCUGGUGGACAAGUAUGAUCUUAGCUCGCUUCAGUUGGUGGGGAGCGGAGGAGCGCCGCUUGGGAAGGAGGUUACCGAAAGAUUUGCGUCUCGGUUUCCUAAUGUGGAAAUAGGACAGGGUUAUGGGUUGACCGAAUCAACAGGAGGUGCAGCAAGAAUGGUAGGGCCUGAAGAGGGAAAGCAAUAUGGCUCUGUUGGCCGAUUGGGUGAGAAUCUAGAAGCCAAGAUAGUUGAUCCUGUGACUGGGGAGCCCUUGCCUCCAGGCCAACAGGGGGAGUUGUGGUUACGAGGACCAAUCAUCAUGAAAGGUUAUGCUGGAGAUGAUGAGGCAACAGCUUCAACCUUGGAUCCAAAGGAGGGUUGGUUAAAAACUGGAGAUCUUUGUUAUUUUGACUCGGAUGGCUUCCUUUACAUUGUUGAUAGGUUGAAGGAAUUGAUCAAAUACAAAGCAUACCAGGUUCCACCAGCUGAGUUAGAGCAUUUGCUCCAAUCCCAUCCCGAAAUCACUGAUGCUGCUGUGAUUCCGUAUCCAGAUGAAGGAGGGGGCCAGAUUCCCAUGGCAUAUACAGUGAGGAAACCUGGGAGUAAUCUUACUGAAGCUCAAGUUAUGGAUUUUAUUGCUAAACAGGUGGCACCAUACAAGAAGAUACGCAAAGUUGCUUUCAUUAACUCAAUUCCCAAAACUCCUUCUGGGAAGAUAUUGAGAAGAGAGCUCGUCAAUCGUUCUCUUUCUGGUCCUUCAGCUAAACUAUGAUGAUCCCAUUUGCAGGUCUUCUAGCUUGGAGUCCAACCCUUUUGAAUUCCUCAUCUUCUCUCUAAUUGUGGGUGACCAUGACUGAAAGUCAACCAUGGGCAAUUCCUCACCAUUGUUGAAAACCAAUGGCUUCCACAGGCACUUUUCAUUUGUGUCCUGGCAUGUACAGUUCACGUAUCUUGUGCCAGGAAGAAUUUUCACAUGUGGGUCUCUUGAAGCUUUUAUUGAUGCUCCUCUGUGUACUGAUUUUGAUUUGUUAAGAGGUUUUUAUUGAAUGAUAGAAUAACAAAGUGAUGUGAUACCCAUGGCAUUUCAAAGAAUAAACCCUUAUCCAAUAUUCUAGUGACGCUUCAGAGGAACAGUAUUGCAUACGUCUACUGCAACCAGAAUCAUUAAGAUGUUA